CUUGGCUUGUUGUGAAAACUCUACGGACUGAGAAAGAAUCUUUUCGAUACCGUUCCUUCCCUUUUCCUUUCUCCGAGGAAAUGGGGCCUGGAAUUAGAUGGUUCUUUUGCUUGGUUCUCCUGGCAGGACUUCCUACCCGCGGCUCCACGGACUGUGCCCCCGCUCCUCAUAUCGCCACCGGGCACGUCCUGGAUGGUUUAAAAGUCUGGACAUGCCCGCUGGGGACAGUCUGGUCCAAUGGCGACCGUGUUCACAUCUCUAACUGUGAUGACGAUGCCAAGAUCGACGACACUUUGAGUUGUGUCCAUGUCAACAUCACCACGCUACCUUGCCCAACCGAUAUCACGCAGCAAUUUACGGACAUUGAAGAGCCGGUUGACGUGGGAACCUCCAGCAAGUACCUGAAGUGCCAAGGAGAGAAUAAAUGGCUGUCAGGACGCGACCACAACUUCGUGCACUGCGAAGAAGGAGCUUGGACAAUUGUUAGUGAUAUGUGCGACAAAGGUGAGGGGUUGUUGGUGUUCUGCAUGAGAGCUACUUGGGGGCAAGUUCCAGUGUGUAUCUCCUUAAUGUUUUGUGUAAUUCGAUUAAAGUAGCCAUUGAACUAAAACACAUAUGGAGAUUCUAAA